CCGAAUCUCGCAGCUARUCCAAAUGAUUGAGUCUAARCAGUGUAACAAUUAGCGCGUACAAAUAUCUUUCAUUAUAUCGGUUUAYAGAUCCUCAAGAGUAGUUCUUCAGUGUAAAGUGAUUGCCAUAUAGAGAUAACGUUAGAGUUGUAUGUCACCAAGGGACAAGGCCCGUCAGCUGGAUUCCUCUUGUACCCCCUAUCUGGACUUCAAAAGAUUAAAUAGCUCGUAGAACGCAGAAUUCUAGUCUGACAGACAAGUCGUCAUAGAGCAAGCAACUAUAGGAGGUGAUCUUGUCAGCUGUGAGGACGUUUUGAAACAGCGAUGUGGUAUCCUAACUUUGGGUCUUGGGGAGCGAUGGAUGGGUCGGCUAUGGGUCUACAAGGCUACGAAGAAGAUGACGAUUGCCAUGUUAAGAGGCCCAUGAAUUCGUUCAUGAUCUGGGCCAAAGUUAUGCGUCGUAAAUUCGCGGAGGAAAAUCCAAAGCUUCACAACGCKGAGAUCUCUAAACUACUGGGUAAGUCGUGGAAUGAACUCACUACAAAAGAGAAGAGACCGUUUGURGAAAAAGCRGAGMGAUUAAGGAUUCGGCACAUGAAAGAUCAUCCUAAUUAUCGAUAUACACCAAAGAGAAAAGGACGCCAAGAUAGACGAUCUGGUCAAAGRGUAUUUUCAAGUUAUAUUGGAUCAAACACUUAUAUGGACACUGUGCCCAACAUGGUUAUGUCAAGCCAUCGACUUCAUCUUCCACCAACCCCUGAGCCAAGCCCUACAGAAGUGCUUUCCCCUAGCGAYCAUUACUACCCCGAUACUGGUCCAUAUCACUCGUAUAAUGGCUGCAAUAACUCUGAGUAUAGACCAGCUGCCGGUGCGCAUUUUCAAGACGAUUUUAAUGGAAGUCAUCAGAGACGUCUAGAAAAUGCUUACGCAAGCUAUCAACACGAAGGAACAUAUGGACCUUACGGUAAAACUGAAGGAUCUUACGGUAAAACUGACGGCGAGAGCUAUCGAGCCUAUGCUGAGUACUAUGAAAGACAAAAUGAAGCUUUUAGRCUGAGAAACUGUGAUGAGAAAGUAAACAAGUCGURCAGAUCAAAUGGUGCAUUUGGAGAACAUUGGAGACCUUCACAGGAGRCUCACACAAGGGAUAUAUACUCUAAAGGUACCUAUGACUUWUACAACAGCAACUUCCGCAGGCAAGAAUUCCCAAAACUUCAUUUUCCGCGGAGCUCGUGUAGAUUUUCAUCCGUCACGAGCGACAGYAGUGAAGAGGACGCAGAGAGGGUCAAUAAAAAGUUCGAAAUGAACGCGGYCAACCCCGGCCCACCAGUAUUUGAACAAUUAUCMGAACUUCUUUGCGAUGACUUGGAUCGUAAUGAGUUUGACAAGUACCUUAAGCCGUAUUAAGAGUUUAAAACACAGAUCUCUAUUGAGUUGUAAAUGUUUAUCAAGUCUUUUACUAAUUCCAUAUGGAUUUUAUUAUUGCCAUUACUGUCUACAGCCAUGCAGAAACAUUUUWAAGCGACACCAUAUAACAUAAACUGUAGAUAGAUGGAAAAUUGAACAAAAAAGACCCGCGCAUACUGUAGUUUUCGUUGAGUGAAGYAAUGCAGCGCGACCUCUCCUAAUCACCGAUGAAAGAAAACAAAGUCUAGCUUAUUUAUAUAAUAUAAAAUAGUCUAUCAGUUUCCCUUCAUGUUAAUUUUAUACAAGAUAUGCGUGUUCUGAAUAACUGCGCAAAAAGCAAUUUCAAGGAAAUUUGCCUUGAGCUGAAAGUAAUCAGUAACGAUUGUAUAUAGUUUUACUAUAAAUGUAAAAGUUUAUCGUUUUAAAUAAAGUAUUA